AUGCGAUUCUACGAAAAGCCGUUGCCGGACACUGACGAAAUCGUCAUGUGUCAGGUGCGGCAGAUUGCCGAAAUGGGUGCAUACGUAAACUUACUAGAGUAUGACAAUGCGGAGGGCAUGAUUCUGCUCUCAGAACUUAGUCGGCGACGUAUUCGCAGUAUUCAGAAACUGAUUCGUGUGGGCCGCAAUGAGGUCGUUGUUGUCUUGCGUGUCGACAAAGAGAAAGGCUACAUUGACCUGUCCAAGCGCCGUGUCUCGCCGGAAGACGUGAUCAAGUGCGAGGAACGUUACAGCAAGUCCCGCGCUGUCAACAGUAUCGUGACACAUGUGGCUCACAAGCUUGACUACCCCUUGGAGCAACUGUAUGAGAAAGUCGUUUGGCCAUUGGACCGCACGUAUGGCCAUUCAUACGAUGCAUUCAAGCUGUCAGUGACAGAGUCUGGCAAGGUGUUUGAAGGUAUCGAGAUCGAAGAACACGCGCUCCGCGAGCUGCAAGCAAACAUUGCUCGUCGAUUGACGCCACAGCCUGUUAAAAUCCGUGCCGAUGUCGAAGUGUCUUGCUUCGGAUACGAGGGCAUUGACGCUGUGAAGCAGGCUCUCAGGGCUGGCGAGGCAGUGUCCACCGAAGCGAUCCCCAUCAAAAUCAAACUAGUCGCACCCCCUCUUUAUGUGCUGGUGACCCAUUCAACUGACAAAGCUGGCGGUAUCGCUCUCAUGGAACAUGCCUUGGAAAAGAUCACUGAAACCAUCGAGAAGAGCGACGGCAAAAUCAAUAUCAAGAUGAAGCCCAAGGCUGUCUCUGCUGUCGAAGAUGAAGAGCUUGCUCAGCUCAUGGCCCGCGUCGAGCGCGAAAAUACCGAAGUUCAAGGUGACGAUGACUCGGGCGAUGACGAAUAA